AUGGAUAAACAUGGAUUUCUUUAUGUUUCUGAUGCUGGGAAGAAUGAAGUGAGACGAUGGAAGAUGGGAGAAUAUAACAAUGAAGGAAUUGUAGUAGCAGGUGGACAUGGCGAAGGAGAUCAACUUAAUCAACUUGAUUCGUCUAGUUUUAUCUUUGUUGAUGAAGAUCAAUCUGUUUAUAUAUCAGAUAAUAACAAUAAUCGAGUAAUUGUUGAUCAUUUGGGUCAGAUCUAUGUAGCAGAUUGUGGGAAUGAUAGACUAAUUCGUUGGUAUGAAAGAAAAGAAGAAGGUGGAAUUGUUGUUGGUGGAAAUGGUCAUGGAAAUCAAUCAGAUCAAUUGAAUUGUCCCAUGGGUUUAUCUUUUGAUGCUGAAGGAAAUCUAUACGUUACUGAUAGUUGGAAUCAUAGAGUUGAAAGAUUUGAAAUAAUUUUGUGA